CCGUCCGCCGAGGAGACGCCAGUCUGUGUACGCCCGUCGCUGAUAACGCCGGCGCUCGGAUUUUCUAAAAAACGUUCGAAGUUUUACUGGAGAGACCGCCGACGAGCUGGCGGCCGGCCGCCCCUUUUUUCCUAGAGGAGACGACGGCAGGGAGCAACACCGGGCAAGUGACAGAUGUCGAUCGAUGAGACGAGUCGGAACGGCGGCGGAAGCACGGCGAAACGCCGCGGACCCCUCCGCAGAUUUCUCUCACUGGGGACGAAACGAGAAACGGCUUUCCUACCGUCGCCUUCUCAUACCAAGGCUUCGAUCCCCGACACGUCUCUCGUCCUGGAGGAACGCCGCGAGCAGAUGAAGGACCCGGACUGGAAGAGGUCCGCAAGGUUUCGCUUCCCGCCGCUCAGCCCGAAACGUGUCUCUUUCCUUCCGAGCCCGUCCGAUACAGACAGCGAGUACGAGGUCAUCGGCCGGUUCAGAAAGGAGGAAUGGAGUGGAGAUGGGAAAGGAGGAAGGUCUACCUCGUCCGCUGACACAAGUGGCCGGCUGGAGGAGGAAGGAGGCGGCGGAGGCGGAGGCGGAGGUGGUGGACGGACGAGAGCCGGGCGUACCAGGGACAUGGAGAUGAGGCGGCACACCCUGUCCGCCCCCGACCACAGGUACACGGUACGUGCCAUGGACCUCGAGAUGGGGAGCAAAGCCAACAGGCGGAAGUCGCCCCAGCCUAGGGGCUACCCUCCCCCGCCGAAUAUGCUUCUCGAUGACGAUCCCGGGAUAAUGUCCGAAGUGGAGACGUCUUCGACCGGCUUCAGACGUGGGAACAAGCAACGGAGCUCGCUGCCUGUCGUGAGGACGCCGAGCAAGACCCUGGAACGGCCUCUAGGCUUGGUGUUUCUCCAGUACAGAAGCGAGACGAAACGGGCCCUCCUGCCCAACGAGAUCACCUCGAUAGACACGGUGAAAGCGCUGUUCGUUCGAUCUUUCCCAAAGCAGCUGACGAUGGAAUACAUGGAAUCGCCUCACGUCAAGAUUUACAUACACGACUCGUCGAAGGACAUGUUCUACGAGUUGGAAGACCUCAGGUCUCACCUGAGAGAUAUAAGGGACAGGUCGGUCUUGAGACUGUUCGAGUCGGACGACGUCGUCGGGACCGGUGGAGGCCUUGGUCUCGGCAUCAUGGGUUCAGGGCCGAUCCCAACCUGGGACCAAGACCAGUCGUACUUCUCGGAGCCGGAGUUUGACUCGGAAUACCAUCACCAGCACAUACACAAAACGAAGGGUAGUAAAAGCAGCGUUGGAGGGCAUUCGGGUCCGCCUUAUUACAUGACGCACAGCUUCCCGCCCGGGGGUAGCGGAGGCGGCACUCUUCCCAGGGGCGGUUCUUCAGGCGGAGGCGGAUCGUCUCUUCUCAGGCCGUACGCCUCCUCAGCGAAGCAGACAUCCUCAGUUGAUGGUUACAUGUCUUCCCCAGAGAGGAGUUCGGUGACGCCUCGCGGGUACACGGGACAGGGGUUCACACCUGGGUCCGGGUACGAAGAGCCGUACUACGCCGGGUACACGCCGAGGACGGGAGCGAUUACGCCGGUGAUCGACGAGGAAGCCAGCGACACGGAGGGAAUGGAAGACGCAUACGUCAGCGCGACCGGGGUCCCUGGGUACAAGGUAAGGGGCGGGGCUGGUACCAGCUUUCCGCCACCGGUAGUGCCCCAAGCUCUGGACCAGACUAGACUGAGAGUGGAACACAUGGAGAGACAGCUGGCCUCGCUAACAGGCCUGGUGCAGAAGGCCUUGAACCAACAGCAACCCUCCGGUUGUUCCACGCCACAACCCCAGGUCCAGCCCCAGACCCACAUAUACCACAGAUCGUCAUCAGUUACGGAUGAAUAUGACAAACAAUCUAGCUCAAGUUCAGCAUCGUUACCAGAUGAUACGUAUCUAAGGAGUGACACGAAGCCUCCGAAAUUGGGAAGAGACAAAUCGGUCUCGUUCGAAAAAUCCGUCUCCUUCUCAGACGAACCACCCGACAUGAAUUCACCAAAACAGCACUCACCUCAGCAUUCAGCCGAUACAAAGCCGACAAAGCCCGCGAUUAAGUCAUCAACGUUGCCAAGGAUGUCGUCGCAAGACCGAGACCGGCACAAACCCACGCCACCACCAAAGCCUGUUUCCCUCUCGCCCGGCCAGUAUGAGAGUCGGAAUGUUUACAGAGACCUACAGCUGACAGCAGAAAUGUACAACCAUCUUCGUGGACUGCAGCGUAAGGCGAAGGAUCUGCGCCAAGAGGUGCGCAAUCUACGUCGUAUGUCGCAAACCCAGGCCCACACAGUCCGUGAGACGAUCCGUGACGCUUUCCUCAAGAUCCGCUCUGUCCUGGUGUCUGCAGGCGGUGAAGGACUAUGGUCUCCAGCUGGUGAUGAGACCCGCCUCAGGGUCAACAGGGAAGGAGACCUCUACAGGCAGCAGAUGAUCAGGCUCGAAUCGGAUUUGACUGAGCUUGAAGGCACCGUCGAAGAGCUGCGCGGCAAUGUCAUAAACAGGAAGACAAGGGUCAACAUGUCAGAUGUCGAAGCUAUGGCAUUGGUACUUAGUAAAUCAAGCAAAACUGUUGCUGAACUGAAGCUGAGAUUCCCAAGCUUGCAAGACGCCAUUAAGAGCUUGAUAUCCCAAGAGAUGGAGAAGGUCGUCUCUGAGGAGAAGUUCUUGAAGGAGGAACCUGAAAGGCUGGAGAGUGCUCUGAGGCGUUGCAAGAAACUGACAGGAACUCUUGUCACACUCAAAAGGCUGGCAUCAGUACAAGAACAGCGCCUGCCGGACACCCGCCUGUCACCGCCCCCGGAUGAAAUGCCCCCUGUGACACCUACCUCCGGCAAGGAGACCUGCGGAGGAGAGGAGGAGGAGCAGUUCUGCGGAGAGAGCAGCGGAGGGCCAGCAUCUCGUCCGGAGAACCCACUCGACGCUCUGCUAGACGAGCUGCAGUCAUUUUCGAAAGGGGGCACAGCACCGCAGCCGGGUACCGGCUCCCUGAGGCGGCUUCACUCCUACCCGUCCGACCAGAAGGCCCUGCCUCCGGCUCCACCGCCGCGCACCUCUUCCAAGUCGCCGUCCGAGAGCUCAUCGACCGAGAGCGUCGUGCCCGUCUCGCGUCAGCAACUGCUAGAGCAGAAACAUCAGGAGCUCCUCCGGAAGCAGCGUGCCCUCCAGGAGCAGUACACGCGGCUCCAGUCGCUCCAGCGGGCCCCGCCCCCAGACCUCCUACAGCUCAAGAAGACCGGCUCAGAGAGCAACCUCCUCGGGAAAAUGGGCCUCACACUCGCCCCGACUGGCUCCCUUUCGCAUCUGGCGGCCACUACCUCGUCUGGAAGCCUCACCACCAACACGACGACGACCUCAAAAAUAUACGAAACGGACAUACUUUGACUUAUAUUUGCUCAAAUAGUCUACUAGCUACUUUUAAAGAAAAAAUUAAUUACACAAUUAACAUAUUCACCCAACCCACCCUCAAACUCGAAAGUUUGAACCCAUACAAUCCGUUAAACUAUAUAUAUAGUUUAUGUAUACAUACAUGAAUAGUACUGUAUGUAUGUAUGUAUAUAUAUUAUAAGCAAAAGUAAUUAAUUUUAAAGAGUAAGUCUUCUCAGCCCCUGUCAAUUAUUUAUUAAACUGAGAAAUAAAAAUUAGCAGAAAUUUCUUUCUACUCUUGACUUAUUAAAAUUUAUUAUAUUAUGACAACAAUAGGGCGUUCCAUGUUUCGAUGGACGGGCGGUAACACAAUGGUUAUUUGCAGGGAAUUACCCUCUACCCACCACAACUGGAUACGACGAAUUCAAAACGAACUGAUUUUCCAUUUGUAUAAGUACAGUGAACCACAUGGUAUAAUUUUUCAUAGAACUAGUCUUUCCUUUUCUAUUAGCACUUUCCUUAUACUUCUUAAAUAUGAAGGAUCAGGAGCUUUUUUUGAUGUGGAACUGCCUCCUAUCAUUUAGCUAAUUGCAGUGUGCUCCUGGUACAUUGGUUGUUUCUGUUCUGACCUCCUUGUUGAAUUUUUAAUCAUUUUGCAUGGGGGGUAAUUUCACGUUCAACACAUACCUAACGUCUGCCCGACAUGAGCUUUCGUCCUUAUUGCUUAAUGCACGUCUGGAAUAAUUUAAAAAAAAAUUGAAUCCCUGAAGUGGCCAUGUUUAGCUAUCAUGUACACUGUUAUAUUAAGGGAUAUUUACUAUAAUAAUAAAGUAAUUUAUAAGGGAUGAUAAUUGUAAGGCAAAUAUAUAUACAUAUGUGUAUAUAACAGAGAAACAAAUUAUAUAUAUGUAAGUAUACACGCAGUGGUGUUUACACUUUUUUUUUUAAUUGUAUUAUUUAUAUUUAGCGCUUGAAUUAGUCUCGGAAGUGCAGCGAAUUCAGAGGGCCAAACGCAACUAGGUCGUUCAAUUGACUUUGAUUUAUAGAUUUAUAAAAAAAAACCAAAACUAAAAAAAUGUCUAAUAAUAAUCAACCUAGUUUACGCUGCAAUAAUGACAUCAAUUGUGUGGGUUUUUUAAAAUUAGCUGUAUUAGUUUUUUAGUUUGUGUUCAAUUAACACUGACUCAUUAUCUUUGCAAAGCCUGAAAGAGAGUACUAUGAAAUAAACAAAAGAGAAAAACGAAAUAAAUAUAUAUUAUUAUAACUUAUCUAUAUUAUUUAUACAAGAUAUAAAUUGUAACUACUAUUGUAAUGGGUUUAUCGUAAUACUUAAAAAAUGCAUAUGUAACUAUAUAUAAAAUAAAAAUUGACAUGGUGAAUUUAUGAUUAACGAUAUUGUAUGGAUACUGAAUGGAAAAUAAAGAGAAUAUAAGCAAGCAAUUCAACCUGU